AUGCCUCUUGCAAGCUCAGAAUGUUACUGCAACCUGCACCUAUGGUGGCCCUACACCACUGCCACCAAUUACACCAUCACUCGACUCGCCCUCUAUAAGUUGAACAUCACAGUCGACUCUCUAUGGACAGAAAACGCAAAGAUCUUCAAUCUGUCUUCGCCAGACGAGGUCCUGCCAGCCAACUCGUAUCUCAAAGUCCCGCAAUGUAUGCCCAGCGUUUGUACCAUUACCGCAUUCGAAUUCACCUACGGCGAGUUCAAGACCUGGCGGAGAAAUAUGCUCAGCUUUGGGAACAAUCGCAGACGAAGCCCUGGGGCUGUCCUACCCCAUAAUUACACUGCCUGUCGGGCGCAGGGCGUUGGUCGAUAA